AUGGCAAAACUGGAUACUACCACUAUCCAGCAUACCGACCGUCCAAAACGACCCAUCAAAGAGCGCAAGGGCAAGACAAUCUACUAUCGCGGUUAUGGCAAAGACCCUUACGUCUACGUCGCCUCUCAAGGCUCCAAAUCAAAGUCGCAGUUCAAGGGCGCUGCCUUCAUUGCAAAAGAUCAAGAAAACUUUGAAAAGGCCGCGAAGCUACCAGGCGCCAUCUGCAAGAAACUAGAUGAGGCUCCUGGGGGCGGCGAGAUGAUCACCUUUGCGCGCCCAAAUGGAACCUUCCUGUAUGUGAUACACGGUCAGACUGAGCGUGAGAUAGACAACGUGAAAGAGCCACCGACAGCAACGCAUGAGUUCCAUGGACCGUUCAAUUUCCCCUUUGAAAAACUUCGCAAGGGCCAGUUUCAGCGAUACCAUGACGGCCCUGCCUUGAUCCACAAGCUUGGGCACUACGGCUACGUCUGCAAGGAGUUUCAGACUGAGUUGGAGUUCUAUACGGGCAAUUUCAACUUCGUUCAUUCCGAUAUUCUGUAUCUGCCCCAGUUCCCGGAUAGGGAGGUCAUGACCUUCAUGCAUCUGGAUCUUGGUGCGGAUUAUACCGAUCACCAUACAUUGUUCUUGCAGCGUGCUCCACCAACGGCUCGUGAGACAUAUCUUCAUCAUACUUCUUUCGAGGUGGAGGAUUUUGAUACGCAGUUAAUGGGACAUCGCUACCUUGCUAAGAAGGGGUGGACAAGCGUAUGGGGUGUUGGGAGGCAUAUUUUGGGAAGUCAAAUUUUUGAUUAUUGGUAUGAUAGUUCGAAGUUCAAGAUUGAACAUUAUGCCGAUGGAGAUGUGGUGAAUCAGGAUAAUCCGACAAGGAGAGAACCUGUUGGGCCGUUAUCUGUUUGGGGUCCAGAGCUGCCUAAGGAUUUUGGAGACAACAAAGCAACAUGA